AUGACGAUGUUUUCAAAGCGCUUGACCUGCUUUUAUUGCGGGGCUCGUCCCGCCAAAUCCAUUCUCGACUCGAACAACAAGUUUCAUUGUGACCACUGCGAUGCCGACAACUUCCUUGACCAGAAUGGCGAAAUCACCGAUCCCCCUAAUGAGAUUACCAAUCCUGUCCAGAACGUCGGCGCAUCGAACGAGCGCAUUGAGCAAUUCCCCGAGUCCGAAUUAUUUUGCUCCCAAUGUCUUCGCAACCAGCAUUUGCUUACCAGCUCCCUUGCCGCCUUUGUUCCCGAGGACGAUGAGAGAAUCGAUCGCCAAUUUGACUCGAGCUACGCAAGCUACCGCCAAGAACUCGAAACACUGUAUCCUCAAGUCUGUGAAAGCUGUGAGCCUCGCGUGAAGCAACGAAUCCGAGAGGCCGGGUAUGAGGCGAAAGCAGAUAACCUCAGACGUAUGAUGGAUCAAACUCGUGCUUCCAAGGCGGUGCAGCGCGCCCGACAGCACAGCUGGCAGAGCUUUCUUGUCUAUCUUGGCGCCCUUGGAUUCUGGAUUAGCAUCCUUGGUCAACUUGCUUGGGACACUAUUGGUGUCUUGACUCUUUAUCCUGUCCAGAACGAUGCCGAUAUGUCCAUCGAUACUCCCAUGUCUUUGUUGCUUCGUGUAAGGCAAAUGAUUGCGCUACGAGGUAUUCCCCAUGAAUACUCUUUCGACUUAGCUUCUAUCGCAGGCAAAGCCCUUGUUGCGGGCUGCCUUUCGCUUUGGUGGAACCCGAAACUACGCAUGAAGGUCUAUGGAAGACCUGGCAGAUUCUCUGGCCUUGGAGAAUACUACCAGCUACAGCUAUUCUCAUUAGUGUUGCGAUGCGUGUUCUGGUCCCUGUUCAAAGACCCAUCUGCAAGCGGAAUUGAUCCUAAGGGGUCUUUCGUCGGUCAUACUGUUAUGGCCGGCAUUACAAUUCUCUGUAUCUUGGCUUCCCGUCAUGUUGUCAAGUACGAUCGUCGAACUCUAGUGGACUGGUCGGACCAUUCCUGGGAAAAUGUACCAAUGCGUAGCCCUACUUCUUCCCCAUCUGCUAGGCAUCGAACAUCGAAUCCUGAUAUGACGCCAAAAGCAACCAAUGGUGGAACUCGUGAGCCGUUUCCGAUUGCUCUGUUGUCUCCCCAGUCUGCCGUGACCAGGACCUCUGCCUUUCCUACUCCCCCUCCUGAAUCUGAUGACAUGGACUGGACUCCUUCCCGCACACAUGAAAUCCGGCCAACGGUCAGUAUUCAUCAGCGGGAUAAGCCAUCGGUUUUUGAAGGCCCAAAUCCAUUCUAUGGCAGCAUUCCUGCCGUACCAAAGCCUCCUGCAUGGCAACUUCGCACACAGCCCUCGAACAAGCCCAUUGAACAAGUCGUGGAGCGAAAUCCAUUUCACCGCAGCCCAACCAACUCGCCUACCUCAUGGCAACACAAAUCAGCCAGUCCCGCGCCGGUGUUCAAACCUCCGACAUUCUUUCCAAGCAGUGAUCAUAAUUCUUUUACCGGCUUGGAGACUCUCUUUGACAGGACUUUCAGCAUUGACCCCAAUAAUACGCCUCGAAGAAGUGAGCAACAGCAGUCACGUCACUGCCACCCCCGCACCUCCCGUUCUUCCCGCAUUCAACGCCGCGCUCUGUUACCAUUAUUCAGAUUCCUCCUCCUGCUGCUCUCUAUCGGCGCAUGGGCCUUCUCCCAGAAUCGUAUGCUCCCGAUACAUGGGAACUACAUUGAAACGUUUGCCCUGGGUAGUGCAAGCCUCAUAGCAGGGCUUACCUUUCUUGAGGCUGUUAAGAAACCCAUAUCCGAGUGGAGGGGCUUAGAACUGCUUGUCAACAUCACCGAACUCAUUGUGGCUGUUCACCUUGGGGCACAUUUGCCAAAACAGUUUACCGACCGAGAGUACUUUGAUCGAUAUGGCAAAUUACUUCUCAUUUUCAUGGCUGUGCAAGAGGUUAUGGCAUUACUAGCAAUAUUUCGCACCCCGACAAUUCCUGUCAAACCAGCAGCAGGAGCGCAAUCGGGGCCUACUUCUCCGGUUGGAUCACCGCAGUAUGAAAGACCUCAACUCGAGGCUACUGUCUACUCCCCGACAAGUUCUGCAACCACUCUUUCCCCCACUUACAACUCUUUCAAAUAUGCCCCUUCGUCAUUUGAAACUUCUACCGGGUCGUCAAACUUAUCGUCUGCACUGCCUUCAUCAUUUUCAUCUCAGAGCCUCCACUCCUACCACCCACACCAUCCACAACACCGCAACCCCCACAGCUUCACUAUGCAAUCUCUCAAGGAAAGUGAACCUUCAGAUUACGAGCAGGACUCGGACAGUGAAACCGUUGCUACCAAUACGACGGGUUGGACGAAUACUACCAACCGGAACAUCCGGUAUGGACAUCGGCCUUCCACAGCCCAAAGUAAUGACAACUUCUUUUCUCCCCGGCGAAAUCAACUCACUCCUGGUCUCGGUGGGUUGAGCCUCGAAGACCGACCAAAUUCUCGGCGGAUGACCCGGAGUCAGACCCAGCAGGGUCUGAACGGACGGGGACUCUCUUCUCGCGCUACUCGAUGGUAG